AUGGUAAUUGAAAAACGUUUAUCUAUUCGGAAAGCUGCAGAAGAGUUUCAUGUCGCAAAAUCUUUAAUAGGCCGUUACGUGAAGUUGAACAAAGAAAAAGAAAAUGUUGAGGUCUUCUAUCACCCUCUGAAUGCUGUCAAGAGAGUGUUUAGUGAUGAAGAAGAAGAGCAAUUGGUUGAAUAUUGGUUAAAGGCAUCCAAGUUGCACUACGGAAUAUGCAAAGAUGACUUUUUAAAAUUAGCAUUCGAAUAUGCAGUAAUUUUGAAAAAACUUAUCCAAGUGCUUGGGACACAAAUAAAAAAGCUGGAACUGCCGUUGAAAUACAAUUUUACAAGCGAAAGGAUCUAUAAUGUAGAUGAAUCUGGCAUGUCUACAGUACACAAUCCAAUGAAAGUUUUAGCGUCAAAAGGAGUAAAACAAGUUGGGAAUACUAAAUCAGCAGAGAGAGGUAAUAAUGUCACUGUUAUUGCAUGCGUGAAUGCACUUGGGAAUUCGGUUCCUCAUUGCAUGAUUUUUCCUAAAGUGCGCUUUAAGAGCCACAUGAUUAAUGGUGCUUCUCCUGAGACUUUGGGGCUUGCAACUCCCAGUGGGUGGUCCAAUGGUGAUAAAUUUGAGGAUUUUUUGAACCAUUUCAUUGAACAUGUUAGACCUAAUAAUGAUAAUAAAGUGCUCCUGAUAUUGGACAAUCACGAGAGUCACAUUUCGAUUAAAAUCAUAGAGUUGGCCAAGAAUAAUGGUAUUGUAAUGUUCACAUUUCCUCCUCACACCAGCCACAAGUUACAGCCUUUAGACAGAACCGUAUUUGGUCCACUCAAGAAAUAUUAUAACAAAGCUUGCAACGAUUGGCUUUUGCAACAUCCUGGAACUCCUCUCACUAUAUAUAAUGUCGCCGAAUGCUUUGGCACUGCUUUUCCAUUAGCUUUUACGCCAUCCAACAUUCAAAAUGGAUUUAAAGUUGCAGGAAUAUGGCCAUUUAAUGAUAAUAUUUUUGGCGAAGAUGAGUUCCUGAGCUCAUAUGUUACUGAUAGGCCUUAUGUAGAUGCUAACACCGUUACGCACACCAGAUUGGAUGUGGCUGAAAUACAACCAAAUAUUGCUCUACCUGGACCAUCACAAUAUGCAAAUAUUGAACAACAAUAUGACAAUAACCAAGUAGCAAUAGAAUCUCCAGCACCAUCUACAUCCACUGGUACUAUAGACACAAACAAAAAUAUCCUUAUAUCACCUGAAGCCAUUCGUCCUUUUCCAAAGGCCCCACCACGUAAGAAUAAUAAUACUAGAAAUAGAAAAGGUAAGACAAGAGUCUUAACCGAUACUCCUGAAAAAGAGAAAUUGGAGCUUUUAGCUGCUAAAAAAGAAAAAAAGAAGUAA